UGCCUUAAAUACAAAUCUGUUUAUCUACUGCUUAGAUUUUUAGGGCUUCCAGUGUAAAAAAAAAAAAGUUUAAGCGCGGCGGCGGAGCCAUGGUUCUCAAGACUGAGCUUUGCCGAUUCAGUGGCCACAAGAUUUACCCAGGCAGGGGUAUCAGAUUCAUCAGAUCUGACUCUCAGGUUCUUUUCUUUCUUCCAUUUUUUUGCAAAAAAAGAAAUGUAAGCAUUAUUUUCAUGAUUUCAUCUCAGGUGUUUUUGUUCAUCAACUCGAAAUGUAAGCAUUAUUUUCACAAUAAGUUGAAGCCUUCCAAGCUUGCAUGGACCACUAUGUACCGUAAACAGCACAAGAAGGAUGCUGCUCAAGAGGCUGUGAAGAAGAGGAGACGUGCAACCAAGAAGCCUUACUCAAGGUCCAUCGUUGGUGCUACUUUGGAGGUCAUUCAGAAGAAGCGUGCAGAGAAGCCUGAAGUUCGUGAUGCAGCCAGAGAAGCCGCCCUUCGUGACAUUAAGGAGAGAAUCAAGAAGACCAAGGAUGAGAAGAAGGCAAAGAAGGCCGAGUUUGCUUCCAAGCAACAAAAAAUCAAGGGCAGCAUCCCCAAGACUGCCGCACCCAAGGCUGCUAAGUUGGGUGGUGGUGGUGGCAGACGUUGAAUAGAUUAGCCCUCAUUCAUCUCUGCACUUAUCUUUUUUAAUUGUUUCGACUUUUGUUUCGUCACAAGUUUUUAUUACAGUCUUGCACCCUAUCUGAUAUAUUGCACUCAAAAGAGAUUUUUAUGCAGAUUAUGAAAUUUUUUGUUUGUAUACU